CAUCGUCACAUGACCAGCUUUUAUGUUGCGUCUCAUCUUGUUUUCGUCACGUGAUAAAGGUUCGUUGACGAUGAUAUUUAGUCAUAAUUUUCGUUAAAAGGUUUAUGUGCAUGCUCCAAGUCUUAUUUGCUGCUUUAAGUGCAUCUCUGUGGCAGAAUUACAGCGCCACAUACUGGUCUGGCAUGUAUACUACAUCAUCUUGAGUUGUUUCAGUGGUUUUGUGUGGACGCAGAUUUUUUUUGAGUCGAGGAAAAAAAAAAGAUCGGUUAGGGUAAGCUCCGGCUUCGUGUGGACAGACGUGCUGCGCCGCAACAGCUAAAAGCUGUCUACACUAAACGCAACAAAUCGACCAGUGUAAAGCACUUGGACUACUUCAUAAAUAUAACGGGGAAUACGUUUACUGACGGGAAUGUGACGCGCCACGCCAUACUGCAUCCAGUGUAGACAAUAUCAUUAUAAUGGGCCACACCGGCUUUGCAUUCACAAAACUAGUGCAGAGAUGUGCUUUACUGAAUGCGGUCCCUUUAAGAAACGUGACACCGUGCGCACUGAGGAUGCGCCGAAGACAGAAGCAUGCGAGACCCUCUAUAGUUUGGUUACCUUCUCUCUCUCUCUUUCUCUCUCUUUGUCGUUUCCUUUGAUGCUAUUAUGAAUGUAACUGUAAGUGUAUGUUAUAAUGUUUUUAUUAAUUCAAUAGAAAGAGAGACAGAGAAGCGUGAGAGACGAGACGAGUGCUGAAACUCACCGUUUGAAGCUAAAAUCGACGCUGUUAACAAUCGCGAAUGAAGGACAAAUGUGGAAUAUUUUCUUCGGAAAUGUUUUCAUUCUGCAGGUCAGAGAUGUUCCCUUUUUAAGAUCUGGUCCUGUGGGCGUCAGUAUCACACAGUGAUCACAGUUCACACCUGCAGUGAAGCUCCUCCCACAACAAUUCACCAAUAAAUACUGGGAAUAUUCAUAUCAUCCUACAAGAGAAGGACAAACUCCAGGUGUAGCAGCUGAAAUCUGUGUGACUGUUAAAGAUGGAGUUUAUUAAAGAGGAGAUUGAAGACAUGAGUGAUCCAGAACCAUCCAGAAUAAAACAUGAAGAUACUGAGGAACAAAUAGAUCAGACGGAAGUGAAAGAAGUGAAAAAGGAAGUGAAAGAGCAAAGCAAAGAACUGGAGGAAAUUAAGGAGAAACAUCAUUACUUAAGAAUUCAAGGAACAAAAGCCAAAAAGCUGCACACCUGCACUCAGUGUGGAAAGAGUUUCACACUAAAAGGAAACCUUAAAACACACAUAAGAAUUCACACUGGAGAAAAACCGUUUACAUGCACUCAGUGUGGAAAGAGUUUUUCUGACGCAUCUAGUCUCAGUUAUCAUCUGCUCCGUUACUCUGGAGAAAAACCAUUUAACUGUGAUCAGUGUGGUAAAGAUUUUAAUGCAUUAUCACGUCUAAAAAAACACCUGAAAGUUCAUUCAGAUGACAGGCCUUAUGUGUGUUCUUUCUGUGGAAAGACUUUUUCACGAUCAGACAGUUUUAAACGGCACCAGAAAAGACAUAAUGAAGUGAGAGAUCAUGUGUGUUGUGACUGUGGGAAGAGCUUUACUGCAUCUGGUGAUCUGAAACAGCACCAAAGAAUUCAUACUGGGGAAAGACCUUACAAGUGCUCAUAUUGUGACAAGAGUUUCAGUUGGUUGGUAUCACUGAAAUCACACAAGCGACUUCAUACUGGAGAGAAGCCGUACCACUGUACUCAGUGUGGGAAGAGUUUCAAAGAUGCAGCAGGUUUAACAAUUCAUCUGUUUAUUCAUUCUGGAGAAAAGCCAUUUAACUGUGAUCAGUGUGGUAAAGGAUUUAAUUCAUCAUCACAUCUAAACCGACACCUGAAAAUUAAUUCAGUUGAGAGGUCUUAUGUGUGUUCUUUCUGUGGAAAGAGUUUUUCACGACUUAGCUGUUUUAAACAUCACAAGAAAACACAUAGCUAACUGACAGUUCAUAUGUGCUUCGACUGUGGGAAGAGCUUUACUACAUUUAGUCAUCUGAAACGACACCAAAGAAUUCAUACUGGAGAAAAACCUUACAAGUGCUCAUAUUGUGACAAGAGUUUUGCUCCGUCUGGAAACCUGAAAUCACAUGAGCGAGUUCAUACUGGAGAGAAGCCGUAUUACUGUACUGAGUGUGAGAAGAGUUUCAACACAUUCAAUAGCCUUCUCAGGCACACAAAGAAAUAUCAUAAGUUGUUGCAGUGAGCAACAUUUAAUUUUUAUGUCAAAUAUAGUAAAGUAAAUGUAGUGAGAUGAACAAAAUAUAGAGUUGCUCCCAAAAGCACAAUAUCAUCUAGUGCAACUUUGUUUGU